AGGUGUUGAACAAUCAUAUAAAAACAUCCGUUUAGCACAGUACCAUUCAUGUUUUCUAGUUAUUACAUGUUUGUAAUUAGAUAUCAUGCAUAGCGUGACAUGUAGACAAAUAGCGCUAUAUUUCCAACCUAAUUUUCAUUACCCAAUUAACAUAUAAGCGGAGGCUACAUAACAGUGCACCACGAGUUACCAUCAGUAUAAAAUCACCGACGCGAUGCACCUGAUGUGUCUGGUUGCAGUCUUCCUGCUAUGCAAAUCUUUCUCAUCCGGUAUCGUGUUCGUUCGGAUGAAAAACGAGCGAGGCCCAACGGCCGUCCAGGCGGGCAUCAGCUGCCUGGAACUGCUGACGGACAGUUACUUCUACACCAACGAAUCUUCGCAAAUUCAAAAUUUGGUGAUAUUUCACCUGGACAACCUGAGUUCGCCUUCGCGGGAAAUUGAGUUGGGUUACAUGCAGAAUCAUCACACCGGCUAUGAAGAAGUUGCGUACGGCCGAUCGCAGAUUUUCCAGCUGAAAGUGAUGUCUGAUGUGUUUCCGUUGGAUAGCUUAAGACGGAUACAAUUCGUCGACUACAAAUUGAUUGACUUCUAUGUGAUUGUCGCCGACGAGAUGGAGAAGCUAGAGCGAGCUAUGCGCUAUGUCAGUGCUGCGUAUGCGUUCAAUCCACGUGGGAAAUUUCUUAUUUUAUACAACAAUCCCAACAAUCGGGACCACGAAGAGCAAUUUGCACUGGAAGUGUUGAACUUGAUGUUCAUUGGGCAUCACUCGGUUAACGUGCUGGUGGCGUUCGCUGUUGAUAUAAUGACGUAUAAUAUUUACACUGGAGAUCCCUAUCACGGAACGCAAAAUGACUGCGGAAAAAUGAAACCGCUGAAAGUCGCCACGGUCGUGAAUGGAACUUUAAGGAACAAAGCGGUUGCAAUUACGGCAAUUCAGAUGCCAAAAGUGCCUCCAGAAAUGAAGUCCUGCACGUUUAAUUUAUGCGCCCGAGUUGCCUCGCCUUUCGUCAACGAAGAGUGUAAGACAGGAUUAGAACUAGAAAUCAUGCGAUUGUUACAGGAAUCAAUGAAGUUCAAUGUGAAUAUCUCGUGUAGCACCAUGGAACGUGGCGAAUUGAUGGAAGAUAACAUCACCUGGUCCGAUCUUCUGGGAAAACUUCGUGCAGAUGAAUGCGACAUCAUUGUUGGAUCGUUCUAUCCAGAUUUCGAUGUUCACAUUGACUUUGCUGGUACCUCACUGUACCUGCAGGACUAUUACACAUGGUUUGUAAGCAUGGCAGGAUUGGAAAGCCGCUGGAAGGUGUUAUUGGCGAUCUUUGAAAUACCGACGUGGAAGCUGAUAGGCCUUGUAUUAUUGAUAUCGUCAAUUUCUUGGUACUUUAUCGGCUCGGCACUACCGGAAUCGAACGCUCAUAAGCAACUGUCGACAUGUUUCCUCAAUACUUGGUGCGUUUUGUUAGGCGUGUCAACGAACAAUCGACCCAUGCACAAUUCCUUAAGGAUUUUCUUUAUUGCAUUCGCCAUAUACGCGAUGAACCUUACUACCAUUUACACCUCACUGCUGAUUAUUUUCUUCACUUCGCCCCCUCGAAUGCAUCAGAUUGACUCAAUAGAUGAAAUAUUAGCAGCUAAUUUUCAAAUCGGAGGCCGCAUGGAGUACGAAGACUGGUUCGACAACGGAGACGAAGACGACCUCCGGGUAUCCAGAUUAUACAACAACUCGGAUGAUUUCCAACCGUCCCAUAGCAAUCUAAAAGCCGUCUUCCUGGGAAAGCGAGUGUUGCUGACCAGUCGAAUGUACGUCAAGAGUAGCCACUUCAGAGAUGUUGUACACGGUUUGAAUACGGAUUCUUUUGCAAAUCAGCUGGAGAUGAUAGUAGAAAAGGGAUUUCCCCUGCUGCCGAAGUUCAACCGCAUCAUAUCCAACCUGAACGAUAUGGGAAUCAUAGAGAAACUGUUCAGCGAUUUUCUGUACAACGUUACGAUCUUGGAACAGAUCGUGGAAAUUUUGAACCCGGACGAUGACGAUGAUCACGAUUUGGGUGUGGAUGAAAUAGUUCUAACAACGGACCAUUUGCAAAGUGCGUUUCUUUUCUACCUUCUUGGAGUAGUUAUCAGUGCGGUGGUCUUUAUCGGUGAAGUCUUCAUCAAUAUACCAAGAGUGAAGAAAGUAGUUCGUAAACUGGAUGAUCAAAUAGAUCGUAUUUUGGUGAGAGUGAAGUUGAGGGAGCCUCGGUUGAAGCCAGUAAAAUUGAGGAAAAGAUCUGACGGAAUGGCAAGAUUGAAAAGGAGGAAGAUGUUCCACUGAAGAUCUGA